AUGUCAUCUUGGACAUUUUUUCUUAUAUUCUCUAUUGUGUUAGGAUAUUUUUUGGAAAUAGUCACUGUAGUGGAUGCAUUAGCCAAUACAACCGACCGUGAUAUUGACAAAAUAGGACAUAUUGGAGAUACAGCAGCACUUCCGAUUUAUGAUAUUUUUGCUGAAAAUCUUUCAACAGAUUCGAUUUAUACAGAAAAUCAUAUACAGAAAGAUAUAGAAUCUACAGAACAUUCAUCAACACUUUCAACACACAGUGCAGAUUUCGAAAACAAAGAAACAACAGUACCAACUGAUAAAACAUAUUAUACACAAGAAGAAUCCACUGAACGAGCAUCAACGGUUCCAGAACAAAGUGCAGCAUACGAAAACGAUCAAACAACAGAAUCGGCUAAUGAAACAUAUUAUACACAAGAAGAAUCCACUGAAUCAACUUCAAUAGUUUCAGUACACAAUACAGAGAUUGAUAGCGAAAGAACAACAGAAUCGACUAAUGAAACAUAUUAUGCACAAAAAGAAUCCACUGAACCAGCAUUCACAAUUUCAGAGCAAAAUUUAGAGUUCGAAAACGAAGAAACAACUGUACCACUCCAUGAAAAAAAUCCUGAAGCAACAAAUCUAUUACAAGAUUUUCAACGAAUGAUCAAAAAUGAUAAUGAAGCUAUCGCACAACAAUUCAAUCCAUUUGUAUCAAUAAGUUUCCAACCUGUUUUUAAGGAACAUCAACGACGUGCUGAGGCUUUUUUAACAUGUUGCCAAUGGGAUUUAAGAUCAGAUGAAAUUCUAUUAAAAAAAUAUGUCGAUGCGUACGGUUUAUUGGACGACCAAAUGAAAAUAAUCAAAGACUGUGCUGAUAGAAUGAUAGGUUAUGAUAAGUCAGAUUGUGACUUUGAUUUACAACUAUUAGAAAAAGCUCGACAAUUAACCACAGUAGUUACUGAUUUAUAUUCAGAAAACAAUACAAUAAAUGAUAAUAGUGGCAUGCAAUUGCUGGAUCAAGCAAUUCUACAAUCAAUUGAUGUAAAUAAUAUCGUUUAUGAUUAUGAUAUUGCAACAUAUGAUUCUUGUGGUUCUGCUCUCAUUCUAUUAUGGAAACCAUAUAAAUUAAUCGAUUGUGAAAUAUAUUAUCGUUCAUUAUUGGCUAGUAAUACAUUAUUCUAUGAAAAUUAUAAUAAAUUUAAAAAAGAAAUAAGUCAACCAUUUCAACAGAAAGCUUUAAGCUUAAUGGUUCCUGUUAAAAAUGCUUGGAAUAAAGUAACUGAUCAAGUGAAAAAAAAUAUCCAAGUAAAACUUGACAAUAAACCUGUACCACAGGAUCAAAUUGAAAAAGAUAUCAAUCAAAUUAAAAAUAGAUUAUCAUAUUAUAUAACUAAACUCGAUCAUCCAAUGAUUGUACAUCAUAGAAAAAGUGCACAUACUUAUAAAGUUUGCUGUACCUCAAUGAAAACGUCUGAUAUCUUCAAUGAAUAUUUAGCCUAUUUUGAUCACGAUCCUAAUCAAGGUCAUUCUAUGGAUAAAUUUUUACAUUCUUGUGUCCAACAUCAAGCUUUCGAACCAAUAGAUAUUAUGACAGAAAAGAAUGAGUGUAAUAUAACUUAUUAUGAAUUUCUAGAUGCUAUGAAAAAACGUCAAGAUUUCAUUGAUAAAUAUGAAAAACAAAAUCCAUCUAUCGUUAUUAAAUUUCAAGAAGCUAUUCGAUUUAAAAUAGGUCAAACAGAUAUCAUACGAACAAUGGCAGAAUAUGUUGAUCAAUAUUGUCAAGAUCAACAUAUAUUUGAACUUAUGUUUGAUGCUCGUAAAAUAAUUAAUUGUGAAAAAAUAAUUCGUCAUGCUAUCGGCAAAGAAAAUUUUAAAAAAUAUUCUUAUUAUAAUAUAUCAAUAAGUUAUCCAUUUCAAUAUAUGAUACUUGAAGAUUGGGAUAAUCUUGCACAAGCCAUAACUUCUAUAAAAACGAAUGACGACAACAAACCUGCAACGAUCGUUCAUAAUUUAUCUAAUUUAUACAGGUAA